UUUUUUUUUUUUGGAUUAAUGGAGAUGAUAAGAAGAGGUGGUGGGAUCCCCAACGGCGUCGUUCAAGUACCUAAUCUUGCUGCUAACAAUCUCUUGCACAAGUAUUUCAUCUCAAGCAACUAUCUUUGUCAAACAACAGACUCUGAUCAGAGCCGGGAACAAGAAUCGAACAAGAAAGAAGCUCAAGAAGAGGAGGAGGAUGAGGAGAAAGAUGUUGAGCUCACGUUAGGUCUUUCUCUUAAUGGACAGUUUGGUACGGAUCCGAGAUCGAGGAAGAGGAAGAACUCUGAAUUGGGUCGAUCUUCUUCCAUACCCCAAGGUUUCUUUUUCGUCGAUGAGCUAAGAUCCGGCGGCGGAGAUACGCAGCGUGAUACGCAGCGUGGUGUUAAAGACAUGUUCCAGCUGGAUCGGACGCGUUCUCUGCCUGUUGUCGUAACCGAGAUGGAGACAACAGAGAGGAAGAGGAUGCGAUCGGAGAAGACGAGGGCAUUUAUGGAAUCUCCGGUUCAUCCUCUGUCAAAAGAUAAAAACAGAGCCCAAACCGCAGAGGCAGAGGAAGAGAAGACGAGGGCGUUUUCGGAAUUCAAGAUUCCUCCGACGAAGGAAAAAGAUGAAAAAGAUCGGAAGGGUAAAAAUGCGAGGAAGAAGAAUGUGCAAGUUUCGGGAAUGGAGAAGGCGAGGAACAUCCUAGAAGACAUGCCGUGUGUGUCGACGAGAGAUGUCGGAGCCGACGGGAAACGAGUGGAAGGGUUUCUGUAUUGGUACGGAGGGAACAAGGAGGAGGUCAAGAUAGUUUGUGUUUGCCACGGCAGUUUUCUUUCACCGGCCGAGUUCGUUAGGCACGGCGGAUGCACCGUGAGCGACGACAAUAGUGGUGGUGAUGUUACCAUUAACCCUCUUAGACAUAUUGUUGUUAAACUUCCUUCUUCUUCUUCCUUGUAGUUCAUUUGCUAGGGUUAAUCCCAAACUAAUUCAGAGACUCUAUUUCAUUCUU